GCGUGUCUGUGGAAAUAGAAAGAGCUGGAUGUAAUGUGACACUGGAGCUGAGAGAUCAUGAGAGAACACCGCACACUUCAGCAGCACCGCGGAUAAUAGGCGAUCACCUCCGGCGGGAUUUAACCGGGUGUGAGUGUUGGAUGGCCGAGCGAUAGGCUCAGAGACGGUCUGGCAGGAUGAACUCUUUCCCGUCCAUGGACAGACACAUCCAGCAAACCAACGACCGGCUCCACUGCAUCAAACAGCACCUGCAAAAUCCAGCAAACUUCCAGACGGCGGCGACCGAGCUGUUGGACUGGUGCGGAGACCCACGAGCGUUUCAGCGACCCUUUGAGCAAAGCCUGAUGGGAUGCCUAACGGUGUUGAGUCGUGUCGCCGGUCAGCAGGGUUUCGACAUGGAUCUGGGCUAUCGGCUGCUGGCCGUUUGUGCUGCACACAGGGACAAGUUCACGCCCAAAUCCGCAGCGUUGCUGUCCUCGUGGUGUGAGGAUCUGGGUCGACUUCUGCUGCUGCGUCAUCAGAAAAGAAAUAACCCGAUGCAGGACAACAUCAACAACAUGAAACCGGCUCUGUCACAUGGUGAUGCAUCAUGUCAAUAUGACUCUGUCUCCUGGCAACAAAACACCAAUCAGCCUUCAGGCUCUGUUUCCGUGGUGACCACCGUAUGGGGUGUGACCAAUACAUCACAGAGUCAGGUGUUGGGGAACCCCAUGGUGAACCCAAACAUCCACAUGAACCCUAUGACGGGAGGUAAUGGAGGCAUGAACCCGGGACAGUUUACUGGACAGCAGCAGUUUUCCUCCAAAGCCAAUCCAAACCAGACCUACAUGCAGCCGGGGAUGUACGAGAGAUCCAGUUACCCUGGAGGAGGAGGAGGAUUCGGGAACAGUUACGGGGGCGGUCCUAACCACACAGGUGGGAUGGGCCUCCCAGCACAGACACGCCCCCCUUCUGACUUCAGCCAACCAGCUGCUGCCGCUGCCGCCGCUGCUGUGGCUGCUGCUGCUGCUACGGCAACCGCUACGGCCACGGCAACGGUCGCCGCGCUACAAGAGACGCAUCACAAGGACAUGAACCAAUACGGCACGAUGUGUUCCUCCUUUCAAAUUGGACCAAACCAUGCUUACAGCACUCCGUUUGUGAAUCAGCCCGGCCCCCGGGGACCCCCUGCUCACCCUGGGGCCAUUAACAUGGUGCAGCCUCGGGGUCAGACGGGGUCAUACGGGGGUCAGAGGACAGAGCAGGGGGUGAAGAGACCGUAUCCUGGAGAGGUGAGGGCUCCGGACAUGAUAGGCGUCUCGUCACCACAUUACAGCGCUCAGAGGACGCCAGCACAGAGCCAGACCGGCUACAAGGAAGCCAGCAGUAACUUCAGCGCGGGAAACUUUCAUUACACUGGGCCUCCGCGGCCGAUGGGCAGUUACCCUCACUCUCCAUUACCAUGUGACCCCACGCCCCCCGUGACCCCAGGAAGUAAUAUUCCACAGUAUCUGUCACCAAACCAGGACAUGAAGCCCCAGUUUCCUCCUGAUAUCAAACCCAACAUUAAUGCACUGCCGUCUGCUCCAGCUAAUCCUAACGAGGAGCUCCGGCUGACGUUCCCGGUUCGGGACGGUGUGGUUCUGGAGCCGUUCAGACUGGAGCACAACCUGGCCGUCAGUAAUCACAUCUUCCACCUGCGGCCCACCGUCCACCAGACGCUCACCUGGAGGUCUGAUCUGGAGCUUCAGUUCAAGUGUUAUCAUCAUGAAGACAGACAGACGUACACAAACUGGCCGGCGUCGGUGCAGGUCAGCGUCAACGCCACACCGCUCACCAUCGAGCGCGGCGACAACAAGACUUCCCACAAACCCCUGCACCUGAAGCACGUGUGUCAGCCGGGCCGAAACACCAUCCAGAUCACAGCGACGGCCUGCUGCUGUUCGCACCUGUUCGUCCUGCAGCUGGUUCACCGGCCGUCGGUUCGAUCCGUGCUGCAGGGUUUACUGAAGAAGAGACUCCUCACCGCAGAACACUGCGUCGCUAAAGUGAAGAGGAGCUUCAGCAGCGUGGCGGUGUCUGUCGGUGAUGAUGGCGUGGAGCAGACGGCCAUCAGAAUCUCUCUAAAGUGUCCGAUCACGUUCAGACGCAUUCAGCUGCCGGCGAGAGGCCAUGACUGCAAACACGUGCAGUGCUUUGACCUGGAGUCCUAUCUAGAGCUGAACUGUGAGCGGGGCACAUGGAGAUGUCCGGUGUGCAAUAAAGCGGCUCUGUUAGAAGGUCUGGAGGUGGAUCAGUACACGUGGGGGGUCUUGAACGCUCUUCAGAACACAGAGUUUGAGGAGGUCAUGAUAGACCCCUCGUGCAGCUGGAGGCCGGUGCAGAUCAAAUCUGAGCCACACAUAAAGGAAGAUCCGGACGGGUUGAUGUCCAAGCGCUUCAAAACCACGAGUCCCAGUCAGAUGGUGCUGCCCAAUGUGAUGGACGUGAUCUCUCAGCUCGGCCCGGGAGCGUCUCCAUACCCCAACAACAGCAGCACGAUCCAGUACAUCAGCACAGGCAACCGUUUCCAGGGCCACAGUAAGUUUGGUGACUAUCCCCAUGGCAACGCAGCAUCAUCAUCAACAGUGAGUGAGUUCGUUCAGAGGCCACACCUGUCUUACCCCCCCGCUGACCUCUUGACCUCUGAGAGCCAGACACGCACGCUGCAGGACGCCACGCCUCACCACUUCAACACAGAUCAAUCCCAUAAUCCUCUGCAGCACAGUAUGCAGCCCCAAGCCUGUAGGCCGCCGCCCACCCAGCACAGCUCCGCCCCCAGCGGUCACAUGCACCCAGAGAUGACCUUUAACCCCUCGUGUGGAGGUCAGAACAGACCAGACAUGCGCGAGGCCUCCUUAGAACUGCUUCCAGAUCUGACGAAUCCAGACGAUCUUCUGUCAUUCCUGGAUCCUGCAGAGCUUCCCAGCAGCAGCAAUGAUGACCUGCUGUCUCUCUUUGAGAAUAACUGAGACAUCAGACCCGCGACUAGCUGCUCCUUCAUACUUGAGAGACACAAAUGCACUUACCGUCACUUCCUCUUCCUGUACAGACUACAGAUUUCAAAGCCAGCCUUGACAGACGGACAGAUGCCGACAGUAACCUUAUCACUGCAUCCAGUACCUUAUUUUUAUCUCAGAACGACUGAAAGGAUUUUGAUUGUCGUUUAAUGUCAGCAAAUGAAUGCGAGAAAUCUGCAAUGAACUGACUGCGUCUUUUUUACCACGUGAAUCUAGUCAAUAUGUGUGCUAGCGUUUUUCUACUCGCUUUGAUUUUGAUAAUAGAAAGAAAUCAUCCGUCCGCUGUUAUACUGUGCUCAUGUUACUCCUCCACGUCUAAUAAGCUGUUUUUGUUCAUCGUUUUAAUGUUCAGAAGCGUUUCAGAGGCAAUUCUCAAACGUUCAAUCGAAGCACAGCUCUUAUUCAAAACAAAUCACGUCUUUGGGAAACGUAAAGGGAAAAAAUAGAAAUCAUGCUCCCACCGUGCAAUUAUCUAUCUAGUUCACUUCUGUUCAUAAUGCAGUUGUGUUAUUUUUGAGAACUCGUGUAAAUAUUUGUGAAUACAUUUGUUUUGAUAGGUCACCCAUGUUUCUUCUGUCCAUGUGUGAAAACAUGGGCUGCGUUCAGAAUGCAAUGCUAUACUGCAUACUAUUUCAUAUAUUUGCAUUGAAAUAUAUUUACAGUAGCGUUCAAAAGUUUGGGGUUUGUAAGGUAGCUUAAUGUUUUGAAAGAAGUCUCUCUUCUGCUCACCAAGAAAGCCCAGUUCUGCCAUAUAUAGGAAAAUAAUCAUUAUUUUGUAAAUCAGAAUUAUGAGAUGAAAUAUCAAAAUUAUUACAUACUUCUAGAUAAAACUGCGACAUGUCAAUUAUGAGAUAAAAGGUAAAACAUUAUGACCCUAGUCAUAUAAAGUUACAAUUAUCUCUUAAUUCCAAGAUAAUUCUAAGAUAUAAAGUCGUAAUUAUGACAUCAAACUAAAAUGAUGGCAUUAGUCAAAAUUAUGAGAUAAAAAGUGUAAAUUAUCUCAUAAUUCUGGUUUAUAAUUAAUUUGUCUUCUUAUCUCAUAAAUCAUAAUUAUGAGAUAAAAGGUUAAAAUGAUGACUUGUAAAUUAAUAAUAGAUCUAAGUCAUAAUUAUAAGAUCGUAAAAAGUCGUAAUUAUGAUAUACUAAAUUUAAAUUAUGGCAUAAAUCAAAAUUAUGAGAUAAAAAGUCAAAAUUAUGGCAAACUAAAUUGAAAUCAUGACAAAGUUAUAAUUAUGAGAUAAGUUGAACCUGACACUAUUUUCUGACAUAUUGUAAGACAUAACUGAGAUAAGUCAAAAUUAUGACAGUAAAUUGAAAUAUGUAAUUUCCACUCACUACAUUCAUAAUUAUGAGAUAAUUAUUAAAAUAAUGAGACUACGUUGAAGUUGACAAAAGCUUGAAAUUAUUAGAUAAAAACUAUUAAAUGUCAAUUAUGAGAUAAAAAGUAAAAGAUUUAUGAAUAAAGUCAAAAUUAUUGAGAAAAAAAUGAUUAAAUUAUGACACUGUAAAUUGUAAUUAGGAAUAAGUCCUAAUUAUGAGAUAAACAGUCAAAAUUAUGACAUACUAAGUUAAAACUAUGACACAAUUGAGUUAUGAGAUAAAAAGUACAAAUUAUGACCCGAGUCAUAUAAAGUUUAAAAUUAUCUCAUAAUUCUGACUAAAGUCAUAAUUAUAAGAUAAAACGUCGUAAUUAUGACAUACUACAUUGAAAUUAUGGCAUUAGUCAAAAUUAUGAUAUAAAACGUCAAAACUGGUUAAAACUAUGGAAUAUGUCAAUUAUGAGAUGAAAAGUAAAAAUUAUGAUCUGAGUCUUAAAAAGUCUAAAUUAUCUCAUAAUUCUGAUUUAGUCAUAAUUGUGACAGUCUGUCUCAUAAUUAAUCUAUGACUUCUUAUCUCAUAAGUCAUAAUUAUGAGAUAAAAAGUUGAAAUUAUGACGUCGUCAAUUGAAAAUAAAUCUAAGUCAUAAUUAAUAAUGACAAUGAAUUUAGCCAAAAAUAUGAGAUAAAAAGUCAAAAUUAUGGCAUACUAAAUUGAAAUCAUGACAAAGUUAUAAUUAUGAGAUAAGUAAGUUAAAAUAUGUAAUUUCCACUCACUACUGUCAUAAUUAUGAUAUAGAUAAUUACUGUCAAUAAUGAGAAUACGUCAAAAUUGUUGACUUUUUUAAUCCGAUAAUUUCUUACAAUGUCCUUACUUUUAAAGUCAUUUCGACCAGUUUGCACCUCAUAAUUAUGACAGUAGUUAGUGGAAAUUACACCUUUCACACACACACACACACACACACACACACAUAUAUAUAAAUGGUAUGUAAUUGUGAACGCAGCCUGUGUUACUCAUCAUGUGUUUCACAUCCAGACGGAGCGAUACAUAAAAUGCUAAAAAAACACACUUCCAUUCAAGAAAGACCAAUAAUAUAUAAAGCUGUUGGAGGCUCCGUUAAGGAUAUUUCAUUGAUAUACAGACUUUCAUGUUAAUAUGAGAAAUACUGUUAAUAUGUACAAGUAAAUAUCUAUACAUGCUUGUUUAUUUGUAGAAAGGGCAGCUGUAUGUAAAAGCUAAUGGCCAUUUUUAAUAUUUUAAUAUUAUUUUCAGCUCUGUUUUGUUUUUGGUAAAUUAUUUUUUAUUGUUCUUAUCCUUUUAGCGCUUGAUCGGAUGAUCACAUCACGUGGCAAAAAAUUUAACACAUGCAAAUAAUUUUUUAAUACGUGACACAAGUCUUCCCUUUUUUAUGAAAGAGAUGAAUGAUUUUAAUAUCUGAUUCUAAAUUACUUUUAUCUGUGAAGUGAUUGAAGCUGCAUUAUCACAUCUCAAUCAUUUUUCUGUUUGUCGCCAUGAAGAUAAAUGUUUAUUGGGACUUGUGAGAUUAUGGCUGUCUUUUUCACACGCUGUGAAGCAGAAAUAAAGCAUUUCAUUGUGA